GCCCGCGGGGCUUCUCCGCGGGUGCGGGGAGGAGCGGCGGGUGAAGGGGGCACGACGACAAGGUGCCCGGUGCGUGCGGAGCCGGGCGGCACCUGCCGGGACCCGGGCGGGGAGCAGAGCCCACCCGAAGUUACGGGGCAGGCGGUGAUGAAUCGAUGCCGACACGGACAUGCUCUGCAUUGACGUCACAAUGACACGGUGAAGCCGAAGACAGGAGCUGGGAACGGUUCUUCUCCUUCACUUUUGAUAAUCGAGUGAAUUUGUCGCCACUCUGUUCUUUCCAGCAUGGCUAAGAGUGCAGAAGUGAAGCUGGCGAUAUUUGGUCGAGCUGGCGUGGGCAAGUCAGCUCUUGUUGUACGCUUCCUGACCAAACGGUUCAUCUGGGAAUAUGACCCAACGCUAGAGUCUACAUAUCGUCACCAGGCUACCAUUGACGAUGAAGUGGUUUCCAUGGAGAUACUAGAUACAGCUGGUCAGGAGGACGCUAUUCAGAAAGAAGGACAUGUGCGAUGGGGUGAAGGCUUUGUGCUGGUUUACGACAUCACGGACAGAGGCAGCUUUGAGGAAGUGCUGCCACUUAAGAACUUGUUGGAUGAGGUUAAAAAACCCAAAAACGUCACCCUGAUCCUGGUGGGGAACAAAGCAGACUUGGAUCACUCCAGGCAGGUCAGCACAGAGGAAGGUGAAAAGCUGGCCACAGAACUAGCAUGUGCUUUUUAUGAGUGCUCUGCUUGCACAGGAGAGGGCAACAUUAUGGAGGCCUUCUAUGAGCUCUGUCGUGAGGUGCGGCGUCGAAAGAUGGUCCAGGGCAAGACUCGGAGACGAAGCUCCACCACCCACGUCAAGCAGGCAAUUAAUAAGAUGCUUACCAAAAUCAGCAGCUAAAAAGAGCUGUACGAAGCCAGAGAAGCAUUUUAGAGUAUAUUAGCUUGGAGUAGGGAUGAGGCAGGCAGAGCACAUUUAAUUAAAAAUGGUCAAAGCUUUGCAAUUAAAAAAAAUAGAAAAGACAAGCCACACUACUUUUUUGAGUAACAUGGGGUCAGACUUUUUUCUGGUUUCAAGAUGUAUGUAGCCACACUGCUUCUGGCUAACAUAAAGGAAGGAAAAAAAAAAAAAGGCAAAAUCGAAAGGACUAGAUGAUUGUGCUUUUACAAGGCUGGCACCAAUCCCCUGCAAGUCAGUAGUGCCUAAACAUCAUUUCCAGCCAGCCAGCUGCUCAGUAGCCAUUGGAGAGAAUGAUUCAGUCCCCAGUCCAUCAACAACCAUCACAACUGGUGUUCUCAAGGACUGAAUACAUGUAGAGGCUGCUGCGUUUUACUAGAAAGUUCAUCUGACACCUUUCACCAGCUCUAAAUUGGUGCAUUGUGUGCUUUUACUCCAAACUGACCUUCCUUGUUGUUAUUUUUGUCAAAUCGAUGAGUGCUGGUGUUCUUAGCGAGGUAUGCAAAAAAAUACAGGAAAGGUCUCUUUCAUGGAGCAUUUAGCCAGCAAGACACACAUUUCAACAGAGCUGAAGUUCAGCUGCUUUCCCAGAGUCUCUGAAACUGCAGAAUUCAUCAAGAAACAAUCAGCUAGUCCAGUGGCAUUUCAGCAUUUCUGCCUCAAAGCACAGUACUGUGUUAGGGGAAAUGGGAGUUUAUGUGUUGGGAAAUUACACUAAAAAAAUAACCAUAUUACUAUUGAUUUAGUUAUGGGUAGUUUUUCGCUUUUGUUUGCUUUUUUGUUUUGGUCUAAUUUCAAUUCAAGUAGUUCUUCUUAUUCUAUCUUAUACCAAAAAAGAACUGAAUCCAUGGGAAGGCAAGUGUUUAAAGUCUAAGCCCAAAUGUAAAUCAGAUGUGAAUGGCCUCUACCAUAUCAAAAGGCCAUAAUUUCCAGCUGUUUAAACUUCCAGAUGUUGCUUGAAGCACUCUGUCAUUUAGACUAGCACAGUUCUUUUGUGACUCUACUUGGCACAUUCAACUGAAAGUGCAUUUUUAUCAGAUUUUUGUGCCUGGCAUAAAAGGUGUCCAGUUUUUUCUCCUCCCUUCUGCUCCCUCAUGCAUUUCUUUUAAGCCAGUUUUGCCUUGUUACUUGGCUUGUUAACCUUUUGCUAAGAGAUGCAAGACCAAGACUGAAAGACACUCAUUCAGAUUGUGCUUGUCUCCCACCAGUUGUGUUGCAUCCCUUUAGGCAGCAUGGUGUGCAGCUCAGACUGACACUGUGUAGAACCACAGCAAAAGGUUGGAGGUUGGGAUGACUAAUGGGAAUAUCAGCAUUAUUCUCCUUUGAGGAACAGCCUUCUUGUAGCAACUACUUACGACUUUAUUCUCCACUGCUUUGGACUUCAUAUGGUUAUUUGACUCUGUAAGGAAGUAACACCAAAAGGCUAUCAACCACAAACUGCCACAGAUGUAUGAGAGUGAGGGUAUCUGGUUGGAUAGCACUUUAUACAGCUAUAGGUAGCCAUAUAAGAGGUGGAAGUGGCUGGAGAAUCAAGGCUGUAUAUCCCUGUGGACAGAGAAAAGUCCCAAGUCAGGACUUUCCAAAAGGAUUCUCUUAAAAGUAUUUUACCAAAGCGAAAUUUUUUUAAACAUUCUCUCACCCAUAUCUUUUACCAAACCAGCACUGAAGAACAUCACAUUCAGGUGUAUAUUUUAUUUGUAUUGUUGUUUAUUUUCUCUGUUUCCCACAUUCUAGACAGGGAAAAUUCAGUCCACUCUUCUGGAAUCAAUACCUAUAGUUUGGCCCUCAAAUUCAGGUAUGUUACUGUACACCAGCCACACACGCCGCAAUGCAAUCUUCGCCGUGUGCUCCUGGGAAGGGGGUUCUUCCAGCAGGUGGUGUCACUAUCUCCAUGACACACCUGUGCCCAAACUAUUGGUCGCAUCUUUAACUUUUGUUUGGGAAAAAAAAGAAGUAGUUUUGCCAUUUUUAGUCCUUUUACUAACACAGAACCAAUAUGAGUGUAAACGAAAGAGCUACUGUUCACACAUCAGUAAUCAUUAGCUGAAGGUCUGAACUUGCAAACAUGUAUGUUACAUUAGGAGCCAGACUGAGCAUUUCACCAAGUCAUUCUGUUAUCUUUCAAACCAGUGCUGUUGCACAAAUCUGAAGUAAACAAAAUCCUUACCUUCAAUCCCAUGACAACAGAGCUGAGAGGAAAGUCUCUAUGUUGGUAUGCUAAGCAAUGGAUUUAUCCCUCUCUAAGACAACUUCAACAGUUCUCUUCUCUGAAAGCCUUUCUUGAGGUUCAGGGUUGAGCUGCAUUUAAUAUACAAAAAGGUAAUAUAUGACUGACAAGAGAAAUAAAUUAAUCAUAUUUAUAUUAGGAGAGGUAAAAGGAAGGAGGGGCUGUUAUGGCCCUAAUACUUUCCAAAAGAAGCCCAGCAAAUUGUAUCUUCUUUUAUACCGUCUGUAUGAAGAACUUAUAAAAUCCUGGUGAAAGAAAAUGUUCCACUGUGCAAAUAUGACUUGUUACAUAAGGAACCUCUAAUAAAAAUAGUAACAUUCCUUUGCAAAGGCUGAAUUUGGAAAGGGCUGAACAUGAUAAACACAUGGUCAAAAGGAGGCUGCUGUUUUGUGACCUUUCCUCCCACACAAAUACAAAUUUCUUUACUUAAUUGCUCAUUAAUUUUUUUUUCCUUGGUCUAAUGGCCUGCUUGUCAAGCCAGAUAUAUUAUAGUAUAUUGUAAUCUCUUGAUACAUAUUACAUAGUAUUAAAUGCAAUCUGGUUUACUGUUGCUCACAAUGUUGCAACAUAUUAUUGGCUAUGCUAUAAAUGUGUCAUAUUUCUACAAUGUGCAAAUUGAGCCAAGAAGUGCCCAAGCAUUGAAAAGGCCAAAUGCAACAUGAACCCACAUUCAGAAGCCUUUCCGCAGCAGACAUCAACAGUUUAAAUUAUGUUCUACUGCUGCUAUUUGAAUGUACAUAUAUGAUGCUAAAGUUAAAUUCCUCUCCUCUGCCUGUUAUCAUUUUUGUGGAGAGAGGAUGGGAAGGACGAUAAACAAAGGGUGAGGAAAGGUGAAACGGAUGCUUGUUACCUACAACAAGUUGAUUGUCAUUUAUGAAGUUUUUAAAUAUUUAUCUUCAAUUGAUGAAGAGUUAGUCAUGCCCAUGCUGCAAGACCUGGAUCAGGAAUCAAGACUUCCCUAGAACUUUGAGAAUCUUCAUAUCUGGGGGUUCAGUGCAACCACAGAUGGAAGUGAGGAUCAGCCACUGAGUUUGCACCUGGAUCCAGACAAGUUGUCCCCAAACCUGGGGAUAGUUGCAUCUGGCAGUUUGCUACAAGGCUAGUUGAUUUUUAUAUAUAUAAUGAUCUGUAUGCAUUUUUACAUUAAAAAUAUGAAAGCUUGUGCUUGUAGAUAAUAUAUAAGAAAAAAAUAAAAAUAAAAAAUAGUGCUCUCUAUACUGAACUCU